AUGACUAUCAGUACAAAAAGCAAAACGGAUCAAGGUGGAAAAAAAGAGGGCGCACUACUUCACUGGAAUUCCUCUGACGUAUCCAGCGUCCCAAAGUGUCUGGCGAACGUCCAAAACAGACAAGUUGUACAGAUUGCUUGUGGGGACAAUCACUCAGUAGCUCUUAUCAAAGACGGGCAGGUCUUCACGUGGGGCCAGAACUCCAAUGGUCAGCUGGGUCUGGGGAAGGGGGAGCCCAGCACCAUGUCCCCCCAACCCCUCAAGUCUCUGGCGGGGAUCCCCCUGUCUCAGAUCAGUGCUGGAGGGGACCACACCUUUGCCCUGUCCCUCUCAGGGGCCGUGUUUGGCUGGGGCAAGAACAGCGCUGGGCAGCUGGGCCUAGGAGACCUUUCAGAUCGUCCAGAACCUGUUGAUGUGAGUUGCUUAAGUCUCAAGAAGACCAUCUUUAUUUCAUGUGGAGUGGAGCACACUGCCAUCCUUGUAAAGGAUGGUGUAGUGUUUACAUGUGGAUCAGGACGUUAUGGCCAGCUGGGGCACAACUCCUUCAGAGAUGAACUGCGACCACGACUGGUGGCUGAACUCUGGGGCUCAAAGGUGUCUCAGAUUGCCUGUGGGAGGUAUCACACACUGGCAUUGGUUGAAUCCCAAGGCACAAUUUAUGCAUUUGGAUGUGGAGAGCAAGGACAGCUCGGAAGUGGCCAGACAGACAAUCAGGCUGUUCCUCUACCUGUUGAUAUACCACAAGAGCAAAACAGUGAAGGUGCCAUUAAGAGAAUUUUUGCAGGGGCUAACCAGUCUUUUGCUGUGAAAAAGUCUGGAGAGGAUUGGGUUGCUAGCCAUCCUAAUUUUGAUCAAAUCAAGAUGACGUGGGAGUUAAACUUUGAGAUAGCAGACAGAUGGAUUUCUAGCAACUCAAAGUCCUGGACAAUGACAAAGAGGAACAUCACAAAGAUUCUCUCAUCUGUGUCAUGUGUCAAUGGGAGUUUUCUUGAAAAAAGCUCUGACAAACAUUACUCUACAUCAGAGUAUCAGUGUGGUUUGGACUUGUCCAUGGCUCGCCAGUUUUUUGAGAAGCUGUCACAGAGUGAGAAGGUUCUGAAAGAGGUGGAGUCUGUGGUGCAGCAGCAUCUGCUCCCGUCUCUGAGCCCCAGCCCUGCUGGAGUGGAGGGCCUCAGAGUUUACCUCAUCCUGCCAGAGCUGCUCAGGGUGCUGCUCAAACAGCACAGGGGGACAGACCUCACCGUCUUAUUGGCCGAGGCCAUUCUCAGGCUGCACCCUGAUUCGCUGAGGAUUCUUGAGAGCUACUGGUCAAGAAUUGGGUAUUCCUUCUUCAGAACUGUGGUCAAGAACUUCCACUCUGUAUCCAAAAACUCUUCGCAAUCAUCGAAAAAAGUUGCGGAGAUGCUACAGAAGCUGUAUGCAGUUAACAGCCUAAGACACAGCAGGCUGAAUGACAGUCAUUUUCACAUUAAGGAGAUUAACAACUUCCUUUUUGAAUUAGAAUUGAUGGCCCGUCAGGAAUAUUUCAAUAUUUUCUUUUGGGGAGAAUCUUCAAAGGCCAUGCAAAUUUUUGCAAAGUUUUACACGGAAGUAAUCCAGUAUUUAACAGCAUUCCCUUGCAUUUUUGACAUGGAGGCAAAGCAGAAGGUGUUCCAACUUAAUGUAACGUCUAAUUCUGUCCAGGACAGACUUACCGGUAUCAUACCACAGACAAAUCAUAACACCCUACGUGUACAGAGACAAACUUUACUGAAGGACACAUUUGAGUAUCUGCAAAGGAACAUCCAUGACUUUCACAUGCCUCUGAAGGUGAAAUUCGUGGAAGAAAAUGGCAUUGAUGACGGUGGUAUAUCCCAGGAAUUCUUUAGACUCUUGAGCAAAGCUCUCAUCUCAGAGGAUUGCAAUCUGCUGCUGGAGAUCUUUGAGGAAUCGGAACUUGUGUGGUUCAUGUCUGAUGAGUGCAAAUCUGUUGAUGUAUACAUGGAUAUAGGCACCAUCUUUGGCAUGGCAUUGUACAACCAGUGUCUGGUGAACAUCCCUUUUCCCUCAGCACUGUUUAAAAAGCUUCUGGGUGAGAGGCCAACACUAAGAGACUUGGAGGAACUGUCACCCUGUCAGGCCAGGUGUUUGAAAGCAUUACUGGAUUAUGAGGAUGAAGAACUAGAGCUGUUGGAGCAAGAUUUCAGAGUGAAAGGCCAGGAUCUCAUUCCAAAUGGGGGAGAAGUUUUUGUGACAAAAGGCAACAGGAAAAAAUUUGUUGAUCUGUAUGUGGACUUUGUUUUUAACAAAUCCAUGGCACGGCAGUUUGAGGCCUUUGCAGAAGGGUUUGGUAGGGCCUGUCCUGAGCAGACAUGGAGGAUGUUCUCUCCUGAUGAGCUGAGGAUGCUUAUCUGUGGAGAGGCAAAGUAUGAGUGGGAGGAUCUCAGGAAGGUGGCUAAGUAUGAGAGAUGUGAGAGUUCUGAUUUGUUGAUUCUGAAUUUCUGGAGAGUUCUGUUUGAGCUGUCAAAAGAAGACCAGCUGAAGUUUUUGUCCUUCAUCUAUGGAACUGACAGGAUACCCAUUGGAGGGCUGGCCAAACGAGACAUGAGAAUUGUGAGACUAAACAUGGACAAUCCUGACGAAUAUUUCCCCCUGGCCAAUGCCUGUUAUGGCGUCUUACAACUUCCCAAUUACAGCAGCGUUGACAUAUUACGGGACAAGCUUACUCAUGCUAUUAACUACUGUGAUGUCUUUGGAAUGACUUAGCUCCAAAUGUUCCUGCUGUGCAGUUUUACUUUUUUUCGCUGACUGAAUGAAGAUAUAUACAUACACCCAGUAGGACAUAUAUUUUCCCUAAUGAAUGUACACAAUGUUUUGAGCUUUUGAGGACAAUUUUGGUGAAGUGUUACAGGGCAAAUAUAGCUAAUAAAUAUUUUAAAUGAAUGUCAACACCAAGCAUUUAUAAAUGUAUUGUAAAUAAAUCAAAUACUUUUGUA